GCCUGUUUGUCUUCAAGUGGAAGUCUAGAACAGCCUGUCCCCUUGCAGAGGACAGUGUUGUGCCUGAAAACGAUGGCAUACUUGUGGAAAAGAGGCUGGGCCUUGCUAUGAACUUGUCUUCACUAUUGAACAAUGCCUUCAAUGUGUCCGAGAGCCGAGGCAAGGACAAGUAUGUCUACAUGGUGAAGCUGGGAGGACCCGUCAUCACUGGCGUUCCUGGAGCGUGCACCAAGGCCAGCGUGUGCCAGUCCAAGGAUGCCACUGGCUUCUACAGGGACAUUGGCAGCUUCAGCACCAAGAAGUUUGUUGUCCGAGGAUCAGAGUUGCUGCUUGAAAUGGAGUCCUUGGUCAGCAAGUGUGGUCGUACAAAUAACAGCGUCAAGUCCAUCAUCAGCUUUGAGUGCUCUAAAUCUGCUGGCCUGGGCUCUCCAGAGUUCCUUUACGAAUCCGGAAAAUGUCAUUACCUGUUCCGGUGGGCAACAGUCCAGGUGUGCCACGAUGCUCUCGUACGGCUUGUCGAACCAGACUCGGGUCGUCUUGUCGGUCCGGCAUCGGUGUCGUCCAGAACCACCAUUGGGAUUGUCAUUGCUGCCGUUGUUGUGUUUGUACUUGCAUCGGCAGGCCUGUACCUAUUGAGACAUAAGUUGAGGGCCUUGGUCGAUCUCACUUGCUACAAGUCCCUUAGUGGAAUAAGGGUUCCGCAAUACCACUAUUCAAAGACCACAUCUCAGCUGCGGAGCACAGAUGAAAAUGGAGACACCGAACUGCUGACGUCGGGGUCCUCACUGAACUCUGCGGACGAUCCUUUAGACACUCAUGUUUUAGCGUAGGCGACCAUUGUUUUAUAUCGUCGCCUAAUUCUGUCAUUGCGGGGCUCGUGACUGAAACCGGGAAGGCAAGCCUAAUUAGACACGAAUCCUUUCUACAGUUUGAUUUCGUCGCGUAGAUUGACCAGUUCCGUGUGAGGCUGUAUGGUUUUUCGAGUCCUUUAGCCAAGGCAUUUUUUUUUUUUUCAUUUAGGUUGUAGACAGAGCGGGAAGGAAAGGGCCACGAAAAAGAAUUGCUCCAUCGUUGUUACUAGCAGCAGGGUGGAAAUUGCUGGAAAAGUUUCGCGACUUGAUGCGGCCACCGCGGCACGUAUGUGUUUGAACACGUUGACUGUGAUAACCGACCUCGCAUUGAAGCGGCUGCAACCCAUCGCAGCAUCUUCCGUGUUGUGAGAUUUCUAAGCAAUCCCAGCUUUACCAGAGCACAAGACUUUUUCUUUUUUUAAUCUCCUUGCACUUUCCUCGAUGUCGUUGGGUAGAGAAAUCGAGGGAUGCGGCAAAUUCCAUUUUCUCUUUUUCCAUUGCCAUUGUUCUCACUUAGUUUCGAGCUAGUCUCAUGUUCUCUGUAUUAGGCUCGAGCUGGUCUCAAUGUUACUAUGCACUUGUUCCGGCCUGGACGCUUCCGUGACUAACCCCGUUAGUGCAGCUUCCUGUCGUCACCACGCCUACCCCGCCCUUAUCGUUUACGAUGGACUUGCCCUCUCUGGUGGGACAGUGUGCCUUGAUCUAGUCCAUGCUGACUCACAUAUACUGUACGACGGUUAAGUGCGCUACUACGGUUUUGUACGCUUCAUGCCAUGUGAUAAAGUACGAUAGACAAGAGGCACAAUCGCUGGCAUUACUAGCCAAGACUAAGUGUUUUCACUUCUAUUUCUCAAGCCAUAGUUAUUUAGUUGAAGUAUGUUUGUGGUUUUAUGCACUUGACAUGUUUGCAUUCCAGGCUCAAAUUGCGGAGUGCUUGGCUUUGUCAAGGUCAGCGUCGUGCGCUAGAGUAACCAAAAAAAAGCAGAAUUGUUGUUCUAUUCUUUUUUUUUUCUUUUAUCUGCACAAGGCAUGCAGACAGAGUACAUAAUUGACUAGACUGUUACAUGUAUAUAUGCAUUUCAUGAGAGUGAGGUAUGUUUGAAUAAAUCUAAUUUAUUAUACA